ACAACUCCCACGUUGCCCAGUCGAAGCGACUAAGAACCACACUGCUGCGCAAAACCGCUCUGCGUAAUCCCUGCCCUGACAAGUCAAUCCUCUGCGGUUCUUUUCUGCAAAGUUUAUAAUCUAAAAACAUGGACAACAGUGGGAAAGAAAAAGAGGCGAUACAGCUCAUGGCCGACGCUGACAAGAAAGUCAAGUCGUCGGGCUCUUUUUUGGGAGGGAUGUUUGGCGGAGGACAUCACAAAGUGGAGGAGGCCUGUGAGAUGUACUGCAGAGCAGCCAACAUGUUCAAGAUGGCCAAGAACUGGAGUGCUGCUGGUGGAGCAUUUUGCAAGGCUGCACACCUCCACAUGCAGCUGCAAAACAAACACGACAGCGCCACCAGUUUUAUCGACGCUGGCAACGCAUACAAGAAGUCCGAUCCCAACGAGGCAAUCAAGUGUUUAAAUGCCGCCGUCGAUAUUUACACAGACAUGGGAAGAUUCACCAUCGCUGCCAAACAUCACAUCAGUAUCGCCGAAAUCUACGAGGCUGAACUGGUGGACAUCGAAAAAGCAAUUGCACAUUUUGAGCAAGCGGCAGAUUACUACAAGGGAGAGGAAUCUAACAGUUCGGCCAACAAGUGUUUGCUGAAGGUGGGGGCCUACUGUGCUCAGCUGGAGCAGUACCAGAAGGCCAUUGAGAUCUACGAGCAGGUCGGCGCCAACACGAUGGACAACCCGCUGCUUAAGUACAGCGCAAAGGAGUAUUUCUUCAAAGCGGCGCUGUGUCAUUUCAUCGUGGACGAGCUCAACGCUAAGAUUGCUGUGGAGAAAUAUGAGGAAAUGUUCCCGGCUUUCUCAGAUUCGAGAGAAUGCAAACUCUUGAAGAAACUGCUUGAGGCACAUGAGGAACAGAACAGCGAGGCCUUCACAGAGGCGGUCAAGGAGUUUGACUCCAUCUCGCGUCUGGACCAGUGGCACACAACGCUGCUGCUGCGCAUCAAAAAGACCAUCCAGGGUGACGAGGGAGACCUCAAAUGAGAGUAGGCGGACGCCCACACAAACAAGUUAUGCGCAUGCCCCGCCCCCCCAAACGCACACACACCCACAACUCAACAUUGUGCUACAGUGACGUUUCCCUCCAAAUCCAGUCGAUAUGUAAAGUAUCUCCACAUCCACUCCUCUCGCGUGGAACACGCAUGUAUACCUCAUGUUAGUCGUUCAAGGUUUUCCUUUUUGUCGUUGUAACUCCCAUAUUCUCAAUGAGGUGAGACACUGUAAAGAAACAAGACCUUUCCAGCCGAUACGUAUGCUUUUUAAUAUUUGAAAUGGCUAAAUAUAAUUUCAUUUUGUGACCUUUCACAUAGCACGAUUGGGUCAUGAUCCGAUGGGGAGAAAAAAAAAAUCAUGGUGGUUGAAUCUGAAUUAAUUUUUUUCCCCCCAUUGGAUCGUUCCACCGCAAUAGUUCCACAAUUUUUUUUUCUUGACUGUGACACAUACAACAUCCAAUUGCAAGCGACACAAUGAAGGUUAAAGGAAGCGCACUAAAACCUUGAGAAAGGAUUCUCAAAUUGCUCGCGUUUCUCACAAAUUCACAACUGUUUGUAGCAAAUAUUAUCAAUAUCAAUCCUGUUCUACUUAAAACACAUUAUGACGACGUUCUCGCGUGUUCAGAAAGUUUAGAAAUGCGUUAAAAGAGACUGUUAUGCAUAUCAAAAGCCAUUUAUUUCCUCUCCAUGUGCGUGGAAUACCUCAGGAUUGUUUUAUUUAAAAUUAUGACUGAUUUUGUCGAGUUCAAUACUUAUUGACGGCUAUUCUGCCAUGUUAGGAGCUCUCUAUCAUUUCAUGUCGUUCCACCUCCUCACCAAGCAUGCCCCUCCCCACCCGUGUCGAUUCCAAUCUAUCACCAAAGUAUCCAGCCUAUUCUUUAAAAAACAAA